AUGACAUUGAUCAGUAGUACUACUAGGCCUCAGCUUCUAGUUUCUGAAAAACUAGAAUCCUGCAAAUCAGUCAAACAAAUCAAACAAAUUCACGCCAUAAUCAUAAAAUCCAAUCCUCCAAUUCCAAUUCAUCUCCUUUACGCUAAGAUCACUUCCCUUCUCCACCACCACCACCACCACCACCAAAACAUCAACCACCUCCGGUAUGCCUGCUCCGUCGCCAAACUCUGCCACCGCAACCCUGUCCACCUCUUCAAUUCCCUCAUCCAAAUCCUCUCACUCUCCAUUCCCAAUUCCUUCCCUAAAAUAUUUACUUUGUACACUCAAAUGCUGCUCAUCGGCUUGUCUCCUGACUCCUACACUCUCCCUUACCUUCUCAAAGCUUGCACCCACUCCCAUGCUUUCUCUGAAGCCCUCCAACUCCAUGCCCACGCUGUCAAAACUGGUCUGUUCUCCAGUGUGUUCGUUAAAAACACGCUGUUGAGGGUUUAUGCUGUUUGUGGUCGCUCAAUUACUUCUGUCCAGAAGGUGUUCGACUUAAGUCCUCACUCGGAUUUGGUCUCCUGGACUACUCUCAUCCAAGCUUAUGCUGACCUUGGGUAUCCGUCACAAGCUGUUGAUGUGUUCUUUCGGAUGACGGAUUGGAUUGCUGACCCCAAAGUUCUGGUUGUUGUUCUCUCUGCGUGCUCUCAGCUGGGUGAUUUUGAGCUCGGUAUGAAGGUUCGAGAUUAUAUGGAUCAGAAUUGUAUCGAUGUGCAUUCUGAUGUCUUCCUUGGUAAUGCCCUGGUGGAUAUGUACUUCAAAUGCGGUCAGCCUGAAUUGGGUUGUCGGCUUUUUCGAGAAAUGCCUGUCAAGAACGUAGUCUCGUGGAACUCUGUGAUAUCGGGGCUGGCUCAGCAGGGGCAGUUUAAAGAGGCGCUGGAUAUGUUUCGUAGGAUGCAGAAUGUGGGGUUGAAGCCUGAUGCUGUUACUUUAGUUGCUGUGUUGAAUUCUUGUGCUAAUCUGGGCGUUCUCGAGUUGGGAAAAUGGGCUCAUUCUUAUAUGGAUAAAAUUCAUAUCAAAGGCGAUGGAUACGUUGGGAAUGCGCUGGUUGAUAUGUAUGCCAAAUGUGGGUGUAUAGAUGAAGCAUUUAAGGCGUUUCAAGCGAUGAAAUGCAGGGAUGUGUAUUCUUAUACUGCCAUGAUUGUUGGAUUUGCAAUACAUGGGAAAGCACACAAAGCCUUGGAUGUCUUUUCUGAGAUGAAUAGAGUAGGCAUACAUCCCGACCAUGUAACGUUUGUGGGCGUCCUUUAUGCGUGUAGUCAUGCCGGACUGGUGGAGGAAGGGAGAAGACAUUUUGAGGACAUGUCGAGGCUCUACCAUCUACAACCUCAAACAGAGCACUACGGCUGUAUGGUUGACCUUUUGGGUCGUGCUGGACUAAUCUCCGAGGCCCACGAGUUCAUAAAUAAGAUGCCUAUUUUACCUGAUGCUGCGAUUUGGGGAUCACUACUUGGAUCUUGUAAAAUUUAUGCUGAGGUUGAACUUGGAGAGAGUGUAAUCCAAAAACUUGUAGAACUGGAACCUGACAGAGAUGGUGCGUAUAUGCUAAUCUCCAACCUAUAUUCCUCUGCUAAUAGGUGGAGGGAUGCACUAAAGUGGAGAAAGGUAAUGAAACAAAAACACGUAAACAAGACUCCAGGGUGUAGUUCAAUCGAAGUAGAUGGCACAGUCCAUGAAUUUCGCAAGGGCGAAAAAUCACACCCAAGCAGUAAAAAGUUGCAUAAGUUGCUGCAACAAAUGAAUCAUCACUUGAGAAACUAUGGAUGUAAACAUGAUGGGGACAUGUAGAUGCCAUUUUUAUAGCACAGCAGAUUGUUUUGUAAGAAGCAUUUCUGAUCUAGAAAGAAAGCGAAAUGCGGAUUAUCUUUGCUCCUACUGAUCUAGGAAGAACCUGAAUUAUACUUGAUCAACAUGUUGCUCAGGAGAAGCAAAAAUGCUCAACUAUUAUCUUAACACGAUCCAAAGAAUUUCUUCAUUGUUUCACUCGAAACUGUUUCAGGCCCUGAAUUUGCUCGAGAGUUCUGAGCAACCGUCGCUAACACAAAUAUAGUCUUUGUUGUGUGAUAAUAUCAUCAGUGAAAUGAAAUACGGGAACACUAAUUUGUGCAGGAACUAACAUUACAUGCCUGUACAAAGAUUUCAAGCAAGCCAACCUAGUAUGUGAAACAUGAAGCUUCAGAACCUCCACUUUUGUUAUCUAAUAAUAGCAAAAUUCUCAUUGUAAAGAAUUAAACUCAAAACGAGACAUUAAGCACGAAUGCCUCACUCUCUUGACCAAUUAUUUGAGCACUUUUAACUGAGUUAGAGUUGUUUUCCAA